AAUUGUAGCCAUUGUUGCAUAUUUGAAGUUGGAGGCAAUGGGUAGCCGUAUUAUAACGUAUAGUGGAGGGGCAUUCUCCCUUUCCCGUCGCUCUUGCAGAAUAGUGAGUGGACUGGAGCAGCCGGCCGGCGGCGCCGCUGUGAGGUGGCAAGUGCUGGAGCAAGUUGACAAGGAGUUGAGCAAUGGGAAUGAGAGGGCCGCUUUGAAUCUUGUCAAGGAUUUGCAGGCAAAGCCCGGCGGUCUCCGCUGCUUCGGCACCGCUCGCCAGAUUCCACAAAGGCUCUACACACUGGAUGAAUUAAGAUUGAAUGGAAUAGAAGCUGCAUCUCUUUUAUCACCGGUAGAUACCACACUGGGUUCUAUAGAGAGGAUAAUUCAGGCUGCUGCACUGUUGGGAGGGAUUGCUGCUUGGAACGUGUUUGAUUUGAGCCCUCAGCAGAUCCUUUUCACGUCUCUCGGAUUCUUGUUUCUAUGGACAUUUGAUGCGGUUUCCUUCAAUGGUGGGAUCAGUUUCUUGGUUCUUGAUACACUUGCCCAUUCAUUCAGCCAAAAGUACCAUGACAGGGUUGUUCAACAUGAGGCAGGUCAUUUCCUGAUUGCAUAUUUGCUUGGAAUCCUACCCAAAGGAUAUACACUAACCAGUUUGGAUGCUUUGAAGAAGGAAGGAUCACUCAAUGUACAAGCAGGGACCGCAUUCGUGGAUUUUGAAUUUCUUGAGGAAGUGAACAAAGGAAAAGUAUCAGCCACUACACUGAACAAAUUUUCCUGUAUAGCACUAGCAGGUGUGGCAACUGAGUAUCUUCUCUUUGGCACCGCUGAAGGUGGUCUUGCAGAUAUUAACACGUUGGACAAAUUACUCAAGAGCUUGGGCUUUACACAGAAGAAGGCCGACGCUCAAGUGAGAUGGGCUGUUCUCAACACUGUCCUGAUUCUGCGUCGCCAUGAAAAAGCUCGUGCAGUGCUUGCUGAUGCCAUGUCCGAGGGACGGUCAGUGAGCUCUUGUGUCGACGCCAUUGAGGAAACCAUAGAUGUCAGGGAUUUGUAGUCCCAUAUGAACCUGCAUUUUGAAGUUUUGAGUAGAUUCCUGGGCUUUAUUAUAGUUUCAUUUCAUGCAAUUACCAAUUAGUUGGAGACUGGAGAGUAUAUGAAAGAUGUAUAUUUGUACUUUUUCUGAAAAAUAUAUUUCAAACAUGCUUUCCUA